AUGGUGGCGGGUUCGGGCAGCAAGGAGGCGGAAGGGGAGGCCCGGGGUUUAAUCCUGGUUUCAAUCCGGGGUUUGAUCCAGGUUUUGCAGGGAGAGGCGGCCGUGGCUAUGGGUCUUUUCCCCAUAAUCGUGGGUGGAGGUCGUAGCGGCUAUGGUGGCUAUGGUGGUUAUGGCAGCCAGAACAACUAUGGGUACCAAGGUUUUCACGGUGCUAAUCGUGGCCGUCGUCCAUACUAUGGCGGCUAUGGUGGCAAGCGUUGCCGAGGUGCAGGAUAUGGAGGUCAACAGUUCCAACAGCAGGCGACCCCAAACCCAACUCCGAUGGGGGGAGGGAACUACGGCACCGGAGCCCACAUUGCUGACCAGAUGGGGCAUAACUUGGGUGCCCAGCAACAGCACGCCACGGUGCCUGCAACGGGUACCAAGUCUGCCACAGGAGGUGUCCCCAUCGCUGUUACAGCCGAUAACCAUCUUGGCUCAGCAGUGCUCGCCGAUCCCCAGCCCGGCCACCCCUCGGCUGGCCAGGAGCUUCACCAGGCCCCUCCCGCUGGGCUACACAAGCAGGGGAGCAAGCUGGAACUUUCACCGCAUUGUCCGGUUGAAAACAAGACAACAGCUGAGGUACCAAAAGACACUGUCCCACAUAAUCCUGACAAUGAGCCAAUGAAUGUUGAUUUACCAGAGUCAUCCAAGGCUUUUGUAGAUGUGGUCGUUGGGGAAUUUAUCUACCAGUUGCAUUUUGGGGUGGAGCAGGAGGCGCCUGAGGGUGAGCCAAUCUUGCUUGAUCUUGAUUCUAAAUUGGAAGAUGAAGAGCCUAAUGAGGAUGAUGAUCCUAAUGAUGAUGACCCUAAAGAGGAGGGAAAUGGUGACAAACCGAUGGACAUAGAUAAAAAAAAAGCGGAUCAGACACCACAUCCUACAAAGAAGGCUGGUAUUAGUGGAACAAGUCAGCAGGAUAGCCCCUCUGUUGAAGCUGCAAAAAAUAACAGUAAGCCUGGAGAACCAAAUCCAGUGAUAUUGAUGACCGCCGAGCCAACUGGUGAUUGGAAUGCCAAGCUUUUGAACCCAAAUAAUGACUCUGCCAAGCUUAACAAGCUGAAAGGACAGAAAGGUGGGACAGUGUCUCCUGUGAGAUCAAGUAAGAGGACGGCCGCAACUUCAGAACAAGACUCGGUAGAGAAGGCAACAAAGUUGAAAGCGCGCCACAACCUGGAGAUCGCUAAUGAUAAAGAGAUUAUUUAUGGCAUUGUAUGGCUCCGCGGGGACGGUCUGGGGGUACUCUUCAGGGAACACACUGGCUUCGACAGUGGGCACACUUGCAGCGGCAUGACGAUCAAUGGGAGCAGUUAA